AUGCGUGAAGGGUGUGAUGAAGAAGAUAUUCACAAAACAGAACAUGAAUUGGAAGUUUGUGAAGAAGAGAUGAAAAAAUGGGAGCAGAUGAGGACCGUUUUGGAAAUGUAUGGGCACUUCUCCGGAAUCAAUCGAAAGGUGCAGAUGAAGUAUUUGAAGGAACGAGAAACAAAGACAUCAGAUGAAGAGUUGAAACGAGAUGGUGCUGCUUUGUUACUAAUUCUCAAAUGGGGUGGAGAACUAACAACAGCAGGAAACAUGCAAGCAGAAGCUUUGGGACGCUUAUUCCGAACUCUCUAUCCGGGAAUUCGGCGAACCGAUGGUAAAUCUUCUCCUGAAGACACACAAGGUCUCGGAUUCUUGCGCCUUCACUCUACAUAUCGUCAUGAUUUGAAAAUCUAUGCUUCGGAUGAGGGACGUGUACAGACUACAGCUGCUGCAUUCGCAAAAGGAUUAUUGGCUUUGGAAGGAGAAUUGACUCCUAUUCUGAUGCAGAUGGUUAAAAGCGCGAACACGGAUGGUUUGUUGGAUGAUGAUUGUCAAGCAAGACUUUACCAGACUGAAUUGAAGAGAUAUCUUCACAAAGCACUUCAAGCUGAUCGUGAUUUCACACCGCAAGACUAUCUUGAACUGAAUCCAAACGGGCUUCGAUCUAUUACUGCUGCUAUGGAGUUUAUCAAGAAUCCACGUAAAAUGUGCCAUGAGAUCGCCGGUUACGUUGAGAAAAUGUGCGGGGUGAUAGAAGAGUACUCGCAAACAAAGCCAAGUGGAUCCACGUUGUAUCUUCAAGAAUCAAUGGAUUUGGCACAACGCCGAUGGAAUAAAGAAUUGAGAGAGUUUCGAAGAAAGAAUAAACACGGAGAAGUGGAAUUUGACAUCUCGAAAAUACCAGAUAUUUAUGAUAAUAUCAAGUACGACAUGGAACAUAAUCCCGAUCUGUGUAUAAAUAACGAAGUAGAAUUCGAGAGAAUGUAUCUAUGUGUUAAAAAUAUGGCAGAUAUCGUUGUUCCUCAAGAGUACGGUAUAAAAACCGAGAACAAAAUGGUGAUUGCUCAACGGGUCUGCACUCCGCUACUUCGGAAAAUCCGCAAUGAUCUUCAUCGUUGCUUGGAGAAUAAAGAAUCAGAAGAGACGCAGACUCGAUUGGAUCCACGAGCUUCUCAGGGCAUCGCCACGCCGUUCAGACAUGUCAGAACUCGACUGUAUUUCACUAGUGAAAGCCAUAUUCAUACUCUCAUGAAUCUUAUAAGAUACGGGAAUUUGUGCUCCGUCGACGAUAAAAAGUGGCAGCGAGCAAUGAAUUUCCUAUCUGGAGUAACUGAAUUCAAUUAUAUGACUCAAGUAGUGUUGAUGGUUUAUGAAGAUUCAAGAAAAGAGAAAGAUGACACUGACACUGCUCCACGUUUUCAUAUUGAAAUUCUCUUCUCACCAGGGCUCUAUCCUUGUUUCCUCACAGAAAAAGAACGAAUCUACGAGAGUCGAUUCAAUUUGAGUACCAAUCCAAAACCAGCGACAUCAAGCAGAUCUUCUGGGAGAGAAUCUAGAGACACUAACGAUUCGGCAUCAUCCAGCACUGAGGGACGUCGACCGAGUACUGAAAAGGUGGUUACUGUAGUAACACCUACUCAAUUGAGUACUCCACUAGUCACUAACGAUGACUUAUCAAUAAGUAGCAAUGCAGAAUCUACAGCAGCUGAAAGCACAGGACUGCUUAACACAACUGGAAAGUCACAUAACGAUUCCGAAGACGACCUGAAUGACGUGGAAUCUGUCAAUUUAGUUGCUUUAGAUGAAUUGAACAGCACUACAAAAGCUAUGGUCGACGAUGGGAAAACGGCUAAACGGCAGAGAAGUGUGACUGGAGCUGAAAAGUCAAUGGAGGAAGGCGAUAAACCGCAUGGAGAAUGGAAAGGAAAUGGAGUGGCGAAGAGUGGAAGUCAGAUAUCGGUCGGAUCGAAUGAAACGGAAUCUUGCAAUGAAAGCACAGAAACCGUUGGAGCAGGAAAAGGACAAUGGGUAAAAGAUUUAUUGGAUCAAACUAAACGAGCGAUGGCGAUGAAUUCAAUUCGAGAAGUUGAACCACCCGUUGUGGAAGAGGAAUCGGCAUCAGAGAGACAAUCAAGAUGUCAGCGCGGUUCAUUCCACGUCACCGAACCAACUCAAGUCGACGAAAAAACUCGCCGAUACUUCCCAUAUAGAUUCAAACAUCAUACGGCUCAAUUGCUAACAGGAAUGACUGGUGGAGGUGUUCACAUGCAGAACAGAUUGAUCAGUACUGAUGUAUUGACUGGAAAAUUCGGAGAUCAUGACAAGAAGAAUCCGAGAAAAGAUACAGAUUUUGGUGCUGGAACUGCAGUUCUUUCGACUGCUGUUAUUGCUAGAUCUUCUUCAGCUCCACGUCUUAUGACCUAUGAAUCGGAAGAUUUUUCUGUCGGAGAAAUCAAAAGGUUCUGGCCACCUCUCCGAUCACUUGAAACCCUUCAUGAUAAUAUCAACUUGGCACAGUUUGAUGGAUUCCUGGAAAGAUUAAUAAAAGGAGCACUCACUCCAUUACCGUCUCCUCCGAAAACUCCACUCCCAUCUGCUCUUUCUUGCGAUGCUAUAAACAAGACUCCAACUCAAGACGAAGUGGAGCAAGUCAUCGGAAAAUUGGCACCAACGUCUAGCAUUGAUUGA